CCCUCUUUAUCAGACGCAAGAGAUAACAGCAGGUUAAUAAACCUCAGGGAAGGGAAGUUGGGAAAUCAGUUGGAACAGAAAGCAAUAGAUUGAAGACAGAGAGGUGGGAAGGCCUGACUGUAUCUGCAGCCUGAUUUCUGCUCUAGCAGUGAAAAGGUUGAGAAACUGAUCAUCAUGAAGAUACUUGUGGUUACUUUGGUCCUAUUCUUGGCAAAAGGAAUGGUGGCUCGUGCCUUUCCCGUUGCAUCAGAUGCUGGAUCAACUCGUGGUGAAAGCCCUUUCACUGAUAUUAACUUUGUCAAUAUAUCAAUGAAUAUCCAUGAUCCAAGUCCCAUUUUGAAAGAGUUUGCCCAGAACAUGACCCUGCUGUCGAAAGAAAUCCAACAGCAAAUGCAAACUUUUAGCACAAAUCUUCAUGACCAGACAAGUAUGAUAAGAGAAAGGUUGAGCUCCCUGCUUGAAAGGACCCCGGAUUUACCUGAAGGCAUCACCCAGCAUCUGGAGAAUUUGAAGGAAAACAUCAACCAGUUCAAUUUGAACUUUACAACUGUUCCUCUCAAGCAGAUUUCAGGAGAUGGGGUUUAUCAAGAACUCACACAGAACAUGGAGCAUAUUCAUCAGUUGUUUGGAUCUUUUGUUCAGUUGUUCCAUGGAAAAUUCACAGAGGGAGUUGAAACCUUGAGGAAAUCUGUGGCGCCUGCAGCUCAUGAAAUCAAGAGACUUGUCGAAUUGUCCAAAGCUGCAAAACCAAGUGCAGAAACACCAGAAUUGCCAUAAAGUUAUUUGAUGGAUUCUGACACUAAUGAAGAAAAUUCGGGAUAACGAACACAAAUUAAACUUCAAAGUAAUCAAAGUGAGAAGGAUCAACCCCCAUUCUUUAUUGAAAAGCAAAUGUUCUGAAAUACAGGCAGAGAAUGACGGAAAUGCUCAGUAGGCCAGGUAACAUCUGUGGCACCAGUGAGGCAGAGAGAAAGAGAGUUAAUCAAGAAAGUUCUGAUGAUAGGUCACAAAGGGAAUACGGGAACUGGAGAAGGCCAUUCAGCCCCUCAGGCUUGUUCUGUCAUUCAAUGAGAUCAUGGCUGAGUAGUGGCCUAACUCUGUAUACUUGCCUUUGACCCUUAUCCCUUAAUAUCUCUGCUUAACAAAAAUUUACCCACUCAGAUCAUGACCAGCAAGCCUGGUUAACUCUGGUUCUCUCUCCACAGAUGCUGCCAGAUGUGCUGACCAUUUCCAACCUUUUCUCUUUCCAUUUCACAUCCUAUAAUUGAUACUGCACAUGGUAUUUGCAAAGAAUUUUUCAUAAAGUAGGCUUUUCAACCCAAUGCAAGGUUCAUGAAAUUUGUACACCUUCCCAACAUUCCGAAAGGGGAGGCGGUGUUGUAUUGGUAAUGUCACUGGACUAGUAAACCUAGAAUCCUGGACUGAUGUUCUGGGUACAAGGGUUCGAAUCUCACCUUAGCAGUUAGUGAAAUUUGCAAUUAGUAAACGCUCUAGAAUAAAAAGCUAGCCCAGUGGUGACCAUGUAACUAUUGUCAAUUGUUCUAAAAAUCCACCUGGUUGAGGAAAUCUGCCCUUUUUACCCUGUCUGGCCUACAUCUUACUCCAUAAGCAAUGUGGUUGACUCUUAACCGUCCUGUGGAGAAUAAAUGCUGGCCAAGCCAGUGACAUCCACAUCCCAUGAAUAAAUAAAUAUUAUUCUAACCCCAUCAAAAUAUUCCCAACAUAAAUAAAAUCAUUUGUCUUGCAUCUACUACACGAGAUCAAAAUAAUUUCGUUUGUCAUUUAUUUCCCAAUGAAGGAACUGCUUCCAGUGAUUUUUGUGGUUGACCACUGAACGUUUGUUAAGCCAGUCAUUGGCCAUUGGGCCAAUCAAGUUAUUUUACAAAACCUGUAAGUGACAUCACAUCAUUAGAAUAAAUGUGUAAUUCAGAAUAA